GAAGAAGUACACGUGAGUGGCCGAGGAAAGCUAACGAGGGAGCCUUACUUGUUAUUUAUUUUCCCUCAAAUUUAGAGUUCCAGCUACUACAGAGAUGAAACUACUAACGCAUAAUAUGUUGACAUCGCACGUUAAAGGUGUGACUAAAGGAUAUCCACUGCUGAUAAAGGCAACAGAGGUCAAAGUAAAUGAAGUGGAGUUCAACCCCCAGUUUGUGAGCCGAAUGAUCCCGAAGCUUGAGUGGAGUGCUUUAAUCCUGGCAGCGGAAGAGCUGGGACAUCGGCAAGACUUGCCCGGCACACUCAUAUCAAACUAUGAAAAUGAUGAAGACUUUCUACGCAAAGUACACAGAGUUCUGCUGGAGGUAGAGGUAAUUGAAGGGUCGCUACAGUGUCCCGAAUCUGGCAGAGAAUUCCCCAUCUCCAAAGGAGUCCCCAACAUGCUGCUCAAUGAAGAUGAGUCAUAGGUGAUGAUCCCUCUCCCUUUCCGCUCCAAUAAACUAAUAGAGCAUCAUUGUCAAAUGGGCUUGCAGCAGAAUUGAAAGGGAUAUCAGCAAAUCCUUUUAGAAAGGAUAGCAGGACUUAAUCUGAAAAGCUGGCAAGAAUUUUAAAAUGAUCCUUCAUUUCUGCAGUUCAUUUCUGUUUCAAAGAAAAGGCCACUGUUCUUUCAGCUUUUUUUGUAUUUGUGUGUUAUGCUUUGUAAUAUACUUUGAAAUAAAUCUGUAUUGUGUUU